AUGAUGCACGCGACGCUGACACUGGACCGCCUUGUGCUGUGGUGCUGGGUGCUGCUACAGGCCAGCUGUACCGCCGCCGCGGCCGUGUUCGAGCUCGACCUCGACAUCAGCAUCGCAGACAAGAGCAACAAGAACCACAACCACUACAAGGACCUGAUGCACGACCCGUCGAGGACGUACGUGACCGUCUAUGCGGUGGAGCCAGCCGCCGGCUCUGCGGCCGCCGGCCCUGCGGACGCCACGCUCGCGUACCUCAGCACCGUGCACGCCGACGACGAGGGCGUGUUCCACCUCUCGCUGCCGCAGGGCGCCGGCGACCGCCCCGCGGACGUCUUCCAGCUCAACUUCCAGUCGCUGGACGUCUUCUUCGCCGUGUCCUCCCAGUUCCGCGUGCACGUCGCCCAAUCCGCCGCCACCGUCCAGCAACACCUCCCGGGCCUCCACCCCUCGCUCCAGAGCAGCCUGCCCUCCGUGCUUGUCGACGACGCCACCCACGCCGCCGUCCUCGACGGCGCCCUCUUUCGCAUCUCCCUCAACCACUACCUCCAGCAGGACGCCGCCGGCCUCGCCGCCACCGUCGUCCGCUCGAUCCCGUUCAUGUCGACGAUCCUCGCCAGCCGCUGGAUGACCAUCGCCUUUGUGUCCGUCAUCAUCGUUGCCCUCCUCCCGGCAGUGCUCACCCGUCUUGACCCCGACUUCGCCGACCGCCUUGUCGAGGCUCAGCAGGAGGCCAACCAGGCUCAGCACUAG